AUGGCACCCACAUACGAGUACACCAGUCUCGAGGGACCCGGUUCUAUAAGAAUUAUCCAUCUCGAGCCUGGACGCGGCGAUGACACUCUCAGCUGCACCCUCGAGACCGCGGCCUUGGGAGAUGGUGUCAAAUACGAAGCACUGUCCUACGCCUGGGGAGACCCCAGCGACCGCCGAACAAUCAAGUGCCACGGCAGAGACCUCGACAUCACCACCAGUCUAUUCAAAGCGCUACAGCAGUUGCGUCGGGCAAGUGAGACCCGUCUGCUUUGGGCAGAUGCUGUCUGCAUCAACCAGCAGGAUAUGGAGGAGAAGAGCGAGCAGGUCGGGCUGAUGUCACAGAUCUACUCCCAGCCACAAAGAGUCCUGAUCUGGCUCGGCGACGACAUGGUCGGUUUGGAGGGUGUACAAGAAUCUCUAGAGGCAGUGCUUCGAAUGAUCCCGCCGGUUCAUUAUGAUGCCGAGUCCAUAAGAGAGUGCUCUCUUCGGUUUUGUCGCGAGACAGCACGGCUUACGAGAGAAGGUCGAAGUAGCGAGACCCUCUCACACCACGACUGGAGGCCAAUAAACGCCCUUCUGGACAGAACGUGGUUCUCGCGCAAAUGGAUCGUGCAGGAGGUUUCAAUGGCGUCAGGUCAUGUACCGCGCAUAGUCAUGUGUGGUUCAAUAGAGAUCGCCUGGGAGACACUGUCGACAAUCGCUUACGCAAUGUUCACUUAUGGCUUCUUCUCGCAGGCCACGAGCGAAUCUCUAUUAUACGCCCCGGGUCCUUCGCCCUCGCACCACUUCUCCUGCACCGCAAUCCAACCAACAAUUGCCGUCGUAAACGCUUACGUUGUUCAAAUGAUCCAACACUUCACGACCGGCAAUCUCCUCGACUGCGCCAUGGCGACCUACGCUUUCAAGUGCACCGACUCUAGAGACCACAUCUACUCCCUCCUCGGCCUAGCCCGUCGCGGACCAUACCCCGUCACCAUAGAACCAGAUUACAGCAAAUCCGCCGAACAAGUCCUGUUCGACUUCGCCAGAUCUGUGUUGAUACAAGACCAAAAUCCAAAUCUACUAGGUCUCGCGCCAAACAACGAGUCUGAGAUAACGGGCAAGGACACGGAGAGGGGCAAGCUACCCAGCUGGGUCCCGGAUUUGGUCUGUGGUGCGCCCGCGACGAGUCUUGUGGGGUUUUCGAUUCGGGAGGCUGUUUUUCAAGCUGGCCUGCAGGUACCAUCAGGGACCAAAACGGAAAUGCAGGCUAUUUACGAGGAUGAGAGCAAACGUCACUUGCACGUGCAGGGCCGGAUCGUUGAUGUGGUGCAGGAGGUGGCGUUGUGUCCAUUCCUCAUUAAUGUUCCGGAGGAUAAAGAUGUCGAUGAGGAUACACUCCGACGAAAGCGGGCAAAGAUUUGGUUUGACGAUUGCUUGAGAGUUGCUUUCAGCUAUGAUGGCGACGAGUAUCGUCAACAAGGUGGGACUAAUAACGAAGACGACUGCAAUGGCGGGGAGAACGCCACUGAGACAACCGUUGGUCUAGACACAGGGGAUGGCAGCACAGGUACACUGCGCCUCUGGAAUCGACAAACCCCGGACGUAAAAGAGAGGUUCGCCCGCACCAUGAUGAUGGACCACUGUGGUCUUCGCGAUCCUCUCCAUCCAGACACGGUGGAGGCCAUGGUCGACUACGUCGGCCAUGUAUGCGGUUACUUCGACAAAGACUACGUUGUCUCCGAUGAGGCUCUCGAAAGGAUGAUCGCCAGCGGAGGCAUGAUAGAGUUUGCCAUUUUCGGCACAUCAGUUACUCGUCGCUUUUGCAUCAGCCGCAGUGGCCGAUUCGGACAGGUUCGCACAAAUACACAGAAAGGGGAUUUGGUUUGUGUUGUGGUGGGAGCGCAAGUGCCUUUGGUCAUCCGACCCACUGGCGGCGGUGAGGAAACGUACGAGUUGAUUGGGGAUUGUUAUCUUGAUGGGGUUAUGCACGGGGAGGCUAUGGAGGAUCGGAGGUAUAAGACAGUUGAGAUUGUUUUCGUGUGACGAUACUGUCGAUAGAGGGGAAAUACCUGAAUACUUGAUGAUGACAUCUGCGUUCUAUAGUGAGGAUAUUGGCGUAUUUACCCUUUCUUAUAUCUAUAGAAAUCCCCGAGAUCUAUAAUGUAC